AUGUCGCCCAACGGGUCCUCCACGCGCAUCGCGUCAGGGGAGGUCUUCCCACGGUUCGAGUUCCCGACCAUCAUCAUGAGCCGUUUCUUCUUCUCCUCCAUCGAAGUGACCCGCCAGGUCUUCUACAAGUCUGCACAAUCAUUUGCACUGGUCAAUCUGAAACCCAUUGUUCCCGGACACUCCGAGCUUUCCAGCCUCAUGAAAUCCGUGCAACGCGUCGGCCGCGUUGUCGAACGCGCAUUUGGUGCCGACGCGCUCACCAUUGCCUGUCAGGACGGCAAAGCAGCAGGCCAAAGUAUUCCCCAUGUCCACUUCCACAUUCUGCCACGCAAACUGACGGGAGACCGCUUCGCCAACAACGACGACAUCUAUCCUGAACUCGAGAAGUCUGAGGGGGGUUUGCCCAAGGAUCUCCAGACCGCCGCCGAUCGGUACGAGCCGCUGAAGAUGGACGCGGACGACAACCGGAAACCACGCACUAUUGAAGAGAUGGACAAGGAGGCGCAGUGGUUGAAGACGUUCUUUGAGGAGCAGUGA